UGCUGAUGACACGUCCAGUUUAGUUUAUUUACAAUUUGACCAAAGUAACUUUAGCUGCACUUUAUGGCUGAUUUUCAAGAACAGCUGCGACAAUAUCGCCUUCAGAAAAGAAGGAAGGAAACGGUUGACAACUUCAAGGACAAAUUGCGAAGAUUCUGGAUGUUGGGCACUGGGGCUAACAAAGACACAACAAUAGAGGUACAACAGGUACCAACACCCACUAAAGCUGAAGUUAUAUCGGACAACUCACUGGAUGAGGCUGGUACCUCCAGUGAAAAUGAAAUGCUGCCGGACGAGAAUCCACCGAGGUCCACAGAUCAUCACCACAGGGAAAACAACGUUCUGAAGUACACCCUCUGGACUGUCUAUCUGUUAUUCUGGGUAACUCUCUAUGUAAUAGCCAUAAAGCUGAGCUUCGGAUUGGUUUUCCUGAUGAUCUCUGCACUUUUUGGAAUCUACUUCAAUACCCGGACGGAACCAAAGAAGCGGAACGAGAUGAGCGCCUAUAGUGUUUUUAACAAAAAUUGUGAAAGUAUCGAUGGAACCUUAAAGGCAGAGCAAUUCGAACGGGAAAUUCGAUAUGGAUCAGGCAGUGUACGAUAGGAAUAUGUUUUUUUAAGGAUAAUUAUGUAGACAAUAUAGAAAAAACUAUAAAUUUAUUAUAACCGGCUGUAUAAGAGAUGAAUAUUUAAAGUCUACUUGUUAAGCUACUAACUAAACACAAAAGAUUUUAAGUAGAAAUAUCUUGACUUCUCUUCUAAUUGUUUCUUUCUAAAAGCAUAACAUGUUACCUUAUCUUUUAAAACCCACAACAAAAUUCAUUAUAUAAUAUAAACACAGUCUAGAAUUCUAA